UUGUUGUUCAUAUUGAUCGACAAUAUUUUGAUAAUGACCAUCAUGAUGACGACUAUGAUGAUAAUCAGAAAAUUAUUGGCCACUUUUCGGUUCAAUUAUUGGAUGAACCAAAUUCAACAACAACGACAACGACUAAUCACCUGGGAAAAUAUCGUAUCAAAAUGAUUGCCAUGGUCAAUAAGAAUCGAUUAUUGAAACAAAUGAAAAUGGAGGAAAAAACUUUGUAUUCAAAACAUCGACAGCAACAAAUGCUCGAUAGAUCAAUGAAUGGUGAAUCAAAUCAUUAUUAUGAACACAAUGAUGAUUCUGAUGACGAUGAAUGGAUAAUCAUUUCUAAUGAAGAAAUUCUAUUCAACGCAUCAACAAUAAUUAAUGACAAUAGAUUACAAUCAUUUAAAUCGACUGCAACAAAUUCUAAAUCCGUUUAUACUAUCAAUGAUGAUUACGAUGAUAAAAGUCGUCAUGUCGGACAACAACCAUAUAAUGUGGAAAAUGGAGAAAAAUCAUCCGGAACAUUUGUUGUUGUUGCUCCAAAAUCAUUUGCCAUUGAUAAUAGUAAUGGUGGUGGUGAUAAUGAUGAUGAUGAUGACAUAUUGAUACUCGUUCUUGUUUAUUCAUCAUUACGAUUUUGUCGUUCCAUACGAAAACGUCAGUCGACAACGACAUCAUCAUCAUCAUCGUCGUCGUCUAAAAAAAAUGAUCAUCCUGACGAAUUGUCAUCAAAUGAAAAUGCAAAACAAUCAUCAUCGCCUGAAUUAUGGAAUAAAAAAUUGAAAUCAAAAUCCAUCGAAAAUACGAAUGAAGACGAGGAAUCAAAUGACCUAAUAAUCAAUGAACAUCAAUGUGGGCAGAACUUUACAAUCAUAAAAUUGAAUCAAUUCGAAUCGGAUUCAAAUUCCGAUCCAUCCAUCCUUAAACAUCUAUCAAAUGAUGAUGAACAAGAUGAUGAACAGGUAAUCUAA